AUGCUCUCCUGGCCGUUGGCACUGCUCGCGUCAGCUCAGUUCAUCGGACCAUCCCGCUCGCUUCUGGACUCGGGAGCACCUUCAAGGGGUGCAGAUGCUCCGUCGUCUGACGCAGAUUCCUCGAAAGGGGCUGAUCGAUCCUCAUCUCACAUCUUGCCAGCCGGAUCGCUUGUUGUGAAGGACGCAGAUCAAGUAAGCUUUCGUCCUGGAUGCAAGAGAUCGACCGACUUCUUCGACUCCGUAUGCAACCUACCUUCGGAUGGCUCAAACGUAGGAAGCCAAGCAAGGUCGAGCUUGCUUUCGCCAGCCGUCACUGCGGACCUGCUUGUCUGCGAGCUCCCACAGGUCGAACCGCUUAUUCGCGAGGAGCCCAGAGGUUCGGCAUCACAGAGGCCGACGAGUGCGACGUAUGCCGUUUCUGGAACGAUAGUGGUGCAAGGCACGGAUGGAAAGGAGCGUUCUGAAGGCGGGGGACUGCCAGAGCUGGCCGGUUCCGCCGGAUCCGACAAGAUCGCCGCGGAAACACCUGCCAACCAAGCACAUGCUUCGUACCCUGGUCCCGACGACGAGGGAUUCUGGAGACAGAGGGACGGAAGGCAUGAAUGGCAUCCAGCUCCGAGUCAAGCCACACAGCAAGCUCAGACUUCGGAUCCUUCCAACUCGAACGUCUUUCCUGCUUCGAAACAGGCCGAUGGUCCACCGUCGCCAGGUCAAGAUGCCUCUCGCCUGAGCGAGUACGACGCCUGGUCAGCUGAGCAGGAGCAAGGCGCGUUCCUGAGCUUCAACGAGUGGAAGAAGCGGCACGCUCAGGAUCCUUCCGAUCUUUCCCAACAAGCAAGCUCACAUACUGCGCCCACCAACGAUAAACACAGCAAUACGCACGCACGAUCCGCUUCGCCUGGUUCGGCGGCGCUUCCACAACAGACCGCACUCAAACAGGACGACUGGCCAAGCGAUGCGGAAACGCAACCGGGCCGAGAAGCGACUGCUCACAGGACACGCUCGAGCGAUGUCGGCCACUCGGCACCUCCGUCUCCGACCACGACUUCGGCGCCUAGCGACACUGAGGCGCGCGAUGCGCCCCUUUCGGAUCAUCCACCGAUGGAUGUGCCACAGUCAUCCGUUCCCAAGGCGGGACUCAGUGUCGCAGCUAGCGCGACCAGCUCGCAAUUGUCAAAGCUCCGACAUCGCUGGAAUUUCGCUUCUUUGGACUGCGCCGCCGUCGUGCACAGGACCAAUCCAGAGGCCAAAUUCGCGAGCUCCAUCCUCAGCGAAAAGAAGGAUCGCUACAUGCUCUCGCCAUGUCCGCGACCGGGUCGCAAGCAAAACGGCGCCAGUCAAUUCGUCAUUGUCGAGCUUUGCGAAGAGAUCAAGAUCGACACCCUUGUGCUAGCAAACUACGAGUUCUUCAGCAACAUGUUCAAGAAGUUCACCGUGACGGCGGCUCGCCAAUUGACUGGUCGGGAAAGCGACUGGACGCCGCUUGGCGCCUUCCGAGCUCGCAACGUCCGAGGACAGCAGGUCUUUCGUAUACCCUCUGCGCCACGCUCAGAAGCAUUCUUCCGCUACGUCCGCAUCGAUUUUCUCGAGCAUUUCGGCAGCGAGUAUUACUGCCCCGUCAGCCUACUACGCGUGUACGGGAUCACCGAGAUGGAGGAGUACAAAAGAGGGUUUGAAGAACACAGUGGCGAGCUCGAUCCCGCUUCCGAGAUCGGUGAGCCUGGACACGAGUCUGUCGACGCUGCGGAUCCGUCCCUGCUCACCUCGGCAGAUGCAACGCCUGUCGAGGCGCCAGUGGCUCGAGAGGCCAACUUCCCUUUGGACCCUCCUGGUCUCACAUCGCAGGACGAAGAUGUCUGGCGAAAACACGAGCAAGCCUUCCAGCGCAAGCUACAAAAUCAGACCGUCACCCACGAAGCUGCAGAGAUCGACAUUGGGGACACGUUCGUGGCUCAACUUGACAACGCAUCCUCGCAGCCAACACCAUCACAACUUCAAGUGGAACAACCCGGCAAGUUGGCCAUUCCUCACCCGCACGCCCAACGCGACGAUGGAGCAUCAUCAGAAGCUCGUGCAGAACAAUGUGCGCUCGAGGAUGAUCCAAAAAACCAAGCCCAAGCGCACGAUUUCUGCAUCCGACCUCGAGCGCAAACAAGCCCCUUUUACCAUGUCAAGCAUUUCCGCGCCGAUGCCAAGCACACCCAUCCACCACUUCUCGACACAACCGCAAAGCGAACCAAAGGCACAGAUGAUCAGCAAGCCAAGUCGCGCCCUGCCUCAGAUUCAGCUGAGUCCGAUGUCGAUCGGACACGGCGUGUAAACACGCAACGGCCCGGUGGAAGCAUGCCAAGCCAGCAGGCCAAUCCGGGCAGCGAGUCGGUCUAUCGAGCUAUCCACAGGCGGCUCAAUGCUCUCGAGUCCAACGCCACUCUGAGUCACAGCUACAUCGAGCACAGUGGACAAAUGCUGCGCGAGGUCUUUUCGCGCAUGGAACGACGGCAAGAGACGCGCAUGUCAGCCAUGCUGAGAGCCUUGAAUGCCAGCAAUUGGCACCAGAUCGAGUCACUGAAGAGGAGGCAGCAUGUGGAUUUGCAACGCACCAUCUUCGAAUUCGACGUCCACCGUCAACAGGCCGACAACGAGCGCCGAGCGCUGCUCCGUGAGGUCCAGAUCCUCGCCGAAGAGGUGCUCCUCGAGAAAAGGCUCUCCAUUGCGCAACUGAUCAUGCUGCUCAUUGUUUUCGUUUUCGUGGGUCUGACAAGAGGCUCAAGAACCGUGCCCCUCCUCCAUGCUGGCUUCAACAAGAUUGGACGCAGCUCGAAACGUCGAGAAGCUCAGAUCGAAACCAAGGCUGCGAUUCCUGCUUCGCCGAGCAGGGCUAUGCAUUCAGCUGGGCCAAGUCUCCAUCUUCGGCCAUCCAAAGCCUCUCCGUCUCGCGAGAACAGACGGGGCGAAUCACGCUCUGACGUCUCGGCCGCCGCGCCGAGGGCUCAAGACAUCAGUGCAAGCCCGAGGACCCCGGCACAGACGCAGAGGAGAGGGAGCACCAGCAAACAUCACGCCAGGAGCAUGGUGGGCCAUUCCGGAUUAGGUGGGGAGUCUCUCAUUGGCUUGCUUUCGCAUCCGCGAAGCAAGAGUCGUCUCGUCACGCUGUUGGAGACUCUGGACGCUUUGGACCGCGUAGCAGAUCGUCGUCGCUUCGCCAAAGUCUCAUCACGUUCGAAGAUGGCCACGACUCGUCACAGAUGGCAAAGCAAGGUCGCCGCUCCGUCCGCAGCAUCGCAUCCGAGAGCCGAGCUCGGACUGUCGCCGUCUUCAGACAGGAUCAGACGCACCCCACGCUCUUAUCGACCAACGAAUGCCAACAAAGAGGAGCAAGGAUUCGCCCAUGGGCAACGACACAGUACACCUGGACGAGAUAAGAAGAACGGAUCGAAUGCGAUCGAUGACAUUGCGGGAAUGUCUUCAGACUGGACAGAGCGAUCCGAGAAUGGAGAGGCGUCCGAAAACGCUGCGUAUACGUCGGAAGACGAGGACAAGGUGAUCCGUGCGGCAAAGUCAGAUCUGAUCAAUUUGGACCCUACGGAGGACUUCACCGUCGACCAAACGUCGAAUCGACCGAAGGAGAGACACGACGUACAAGAGGCCGGCAAAGGGCACCCGAUCACUGCAGCCAGCGAAGUCGUCUCUGCUACCUCAAUCCCGCCAGCCGCUGCUCCGGAUCCGUUCGUUCCUUCUGCCCAGCCUGAAAGGCAUGCGAGUAUUGCGAAAACAGACGGUCAUUUGUCGAGCUCAGAUUCAGAAUCCGAGGGAGGCGCGUGGCAUCGAGUGCUGCCCCGACGCAUCGGCCACAGCAACAGUUUACGCAGAUCCAGACAGGCUACGAUCGAUGGCAAGACACAGAAGGUAGAAGGCGAGGCGAGAGUCAACACCAACCCGGAGGCGACAGAGCGGCGGGGAAGUCCGCGUCCUUCGUCGACUCAUGGCAGUGGUUUCAAGUCACAGAAGCCUGCGUUGAGCAGGUUUUUUCGAUCCGGCACGCCUGAACAGUGGCGUUCAGGGUCGCCACAGAAUGGCCGCAGCGGCACGCCGGACACGAUUCGAGAUUUGCGGCCCACAUGA